CGGUCACUUUCUCGGUCGGGUUCUCGGGUCACCGUCUCUCCGCCUCUCCCAUCCCGAGCCUCUCGCAAAAUCCAUUCUCCCACGCCCAGAUCCACCGCCCCCCGCCUUGCCUCCUCCGCGUCGCCGCGCCAGUGCGCCCCGCCUCGCCGCCGCCCUCCUCCUCCUCGUCGUCAGGUGUUAUGUUUUUCAUCACUAUAAAGUCCAAUAAAGUGAAGAGUGACUCUGCAUAGCCAGAUGGCUGUGGACAGAGAUAUCUUUGGUAUCUCAGGUCCGACAUAUCUGAAUCCUGUUAAUUGGAACUGUGAGCAUAAUCGGAGAUCUGUGGCUGCAUGCUUAGUUCAGGCUGUAUAUGUUUUGGAGAGGGACCGGCAACUAGGUCGUCAAUCUGUUGAAGCCUUGGGACCUCCUUGGUGGGAAUUCUUCCAUUUUGAGUUGAUCCGCAAGCUUGUCGAUGAUGCUGACUUGUCUAUUUUCGGUGCAAUAUUUGAAUUCAAUCCUCCUUCAAGUAAAGAAUCUUCUGCUGAUAAUGCACCGAGAUUUGUUAUUGCCUUCAGAGGCACUAUAACUGAGAAGGAAACCAUCUCAAGGGAUAUCGCCCUUGACCUCCACCUUGUCCAAAAUGGUCUCCAUCGGACCUCAAGAUUUACAAUUGCAAUGCAAGCUGUCCAAAACGUCGCCUCGGUUUUCCCUGGCUCAAACAUCUGGCUAGCUGGGCACUCACUGGGCGCAGGUAUGGCCAUCCUUACUGGAAGAAACAUGGUUAAAAAGGGUGUGCUUUUGGAAAGCUAUCUCUUCAACCCACCUUUUGUUGCCGCCCCAAUCGAGAGGAUAAGUGAUGAGAGAGUGAAGCAUGGUUUCCGCAUUGCAAGAAGUGUAAUUACUGCUGGAUUAGCCAUUGCAAUGAAAGGAAAAGGCGAGGGGAGCAGCCAGAGGUCUGUUGCAGAAGAUUCUUUCCACAUUUUGUCAUCAUGGACGCCAUAUCUGUUUGUCAAUCCAGGAGACCAUAUCUGUUCAGAGUACAUCGGCUACUUCCAGCAUCGGAAGAACAUGGAGGAUCUCGGUGCUGGAUUUAUCGAGAAGCUCGCAACCCAAAAUUCCAUAGGAGAUCUGUUUUACAAGGCAUUAGGAUGGGAAUCGGAACCACUGCACCUUCUUCCAUCUGCAGACUUAAUUGUCAACGUAAGCCCUUCACCGGACUUCAAAUAUGCUCAUGGCAUCAGCCAGUGGUGGCAGCCUGAGCUGAACUUGCAGUGCAGUAAAUAUCGGUACUCUGUAGGUGCAUGACAUUGGAAAAAAUGUCUUAGGAGACCCUUCUUACACUUUCGUUUAUUCAUUGUGGUUCGUUCCACUCUAUUGUAGCUGUCAAUAUGCUGUAAUAGAUGUUUCUUGAACCUCUGAUUCUGUUGACAUGAAAAAAACUUGUAAUUUCGUGGAGCAACGAUCUGUCAGUCUUUACACAUAUGUUCGUGUUCAUGUAGCUCUUCGUUAUUUGAUCA